AUGCGUAAAAGAAAGUCUCUUAAAAAAGCUGGUGAUGAGUCAGAUGGAUCGGAGCAAGGCGGUGAACCAGAAGAAUUUCAAGAUUCGGGAGAAGACUGGACACCGGAUGCCGAUUCGAAUGAACAAUCUGUAAGGGGUGGACGUAAAAGAGCAUCAAGAGCUCCUUUGAGUAAUUCAAAAAAGAAACAUAAGAAUUCUUCAUCUGAUGAAAGUGAAGGAGAGGGUGAGGAAGACGAAGAAGGUGAAGAUGAUGAGGGUGAGCUAGAUGAAGAGGAAGGUUCUGAUGAGGAGAAAAAUGGUUCUGACGGUAAUAAGUCAGAUUCAAGCCAAUCUAAAGAUGUACCAAAGCAUUUCCAUUCUGGGAAUUUUGUUCUCUUGAAGUCUGAUGUUAAAUGGGACGGUGAUACAGUUAUAUCAAACUUGGAUGAAUUGAAUUUGUGGAAAAUAGAUGGAAAAGCAUUAUUACAAAAAUUUAUACCUAUGGAAUCAAAUGGAAAAAUACUUCACAAAUGUACAUGUGUGUACUCUGGAUGGAAUGUUGAUAAUCGUGACAAUUACUAUCCAAUAACAGAAAUUCUGGACCGUAAUCCCCGUACAGAUUCAAAGGAAAUAUGUGUAGCAUUAGAUCUAAAUGAUCUUAUUAAAGUAAGAGACAAGUAA